AUGGGUUGGAUGAAGAAGUUCAUGUCUCUUGAGAAGUUAGAUUCUACUAUUCAUUGGUUAUUAGAACAGGUGGCAGCAGUGGCUGGAGGUGUGGUAGGGGCUGCACUUCUGUUGCUUCUGAUCGGCAUUGGUAUCUACAUCUUAUGGAGGAAAAGGUGCAUUGGACCAUCCUAUGAAGAACUUCAGAAUGUGAGCACACCGACACAUACGCAAUCCACUGGAGUUGUUUCGCCUUCAUUAAGCCAUGCCAAGGACACGGGGAAUAAAAGUGUGCCCUUCAUUGUUCCUCCAAAGUUUCAUGGGCGAGACUGGGUUGGAUUACAGAAUGGAGAACGUAUUCAGGAUGACAAUGAGCCCUAUAUUGCCCCAGAUUUCCAACCACGAUCAUCAUUCUUUUCUUUGGGUGGCGCUUAUGUUCUGGGUUCCAUCAACCCGGCUUUAUAUAAAUAUCCAGAAGACAAUGAAGAAACAGAUUUUCCGGAGGGAAAUAUUGGACGUAUCUGGUUUGCCGUGGAAUAUGAAUAUGAGACAGAAAGGCUUGUAGUGUCACUUAUCAAAGUGAGGAACCUCCAGUACAGCUCGGACUCAUGCAACCCUUUUGUAAAAAUGCAUCUCUUGCCUGAUGAGAGACGUUAUCUACAGUCAAAGACGAAGCGUAAAACCUUGAACCCACAGUUUGAUGAGAAUUUUGUGUUCCAGGUUUCUGGAAAAACACUACAUCAGAGGAGUCUAAGGUUUUCUGUCUUCCAUGUGGAUAAAAUAAAGAAGCACCAUCUACUGGGACAAGUUCUCUUCCCUUUGAAAAAUGAAAAUUUGACUGAUGAUGGGAAGCUUGUUAUUUGGCGAGAUUUGGAACAAGAAAAUUUAGAGCCGCCAUCAGAGUAUGGAGACAUCCAGUUCUCACUUAGCUACAAUGAUUACCUUGGUCGUUUGACAGUGGUUGUGCUCAGAGCAAAGGGUAUUCAGUUCCAAGAGGAACGUGGAGUUGUCAGCUCAGCAUAUGUAAAGGUGUCUCUCAUGAAUCAUAACAGAUUCAUCAAGAGUAAGAAGACUGCUGUUGUUCUUGGUACCCCAAACCCUGUUUAUAAUGAGACCUUCAGCUUUAAGUUGGAACAGAGCGAAUUAGAUACAGCAAGUCUUAGUCUAUCUAUCCUACAAAAUACUGAAGGAGACAAAAGUAACUUACAAGGACGUGUUGUGGUUGGACCGUUCAUGUACACUAGAGGACGAGAGCUGGAACACUGGAAUGAAAUGCUUAAUAAACCCAAAGAGUUGGUGAAGAGAUGGCAUGCCCUGAGCAUUAGCACCUGA